UUGUGCUUCUUCUCCUCCUCCUCUUGAGCUCCCUCUCGAUCGAUCAUGGCUUCCAUGGAUGCGCCAGAGGAGGUGAAGAAGAAGAAGAAGAAGAAGAAGAAGAAGGUGAACUUGAUAAGCUCUGACGGACAGCGGUUCGAAGUCGACGUGGAUUUGGCGGAGCAGUCGCCGAUCAUCUCCACGGCUGUCCAGCAACACGACGGAGACGAUCCUCCCACCAUAUCCAUCAAUGUCUCCUCCGAAAUCCUCCCUAAGAUCAUCGAUUACUGGGAGACGCACGCUCAAGAAGAACCCGAAUCCGUAAGGAAGAAGAACGAACUUUGGGACGCUGAAUUCGUGAAGAUGGAUACCCCUCUUCUCGCCCCUGUAAUUAUGGCAGCUAAUUAUCUGGAAAUGACAGAGUUGGUGGACAUUACAUGCCAGAGAGUUGCUGACUUGAUUAAGGGCAAAACCAUAGAAGAAAUGCAUGAGAUUCUCGGCAUAGAAAACAAUCUCACUAAAGAGGAAGAGGAUGAGCUCCGGCAGCAGAUUCCCUGGGCCUUCCAGGAUGACGUUCCGGACGAGGAGCCAAAUGCUUAGCCAUCCUGCUGCAUUGCAACAAAACUAAUCAAUGCAUGCAACCUAGAUCGCAGUGUUCAUUGAUAUAAUAGUAUCAAUGGUUUCAAAUUCACGUUUAUUACCACGUUUCAUUUUUCUCCAUUGAUUUAAUUCAAUGCACAUAAUCCUAGAGCAAAACUUUUGUCUCAACAAAGCAUUCUGGAAUUGUAGAUACAGAGUUGGGCUUUGUACAAUUGAUGCUUGCCUCUGUCUGACAAGGAUUGCCUUUGUAUUUGGCUAUUUUUCAGCAGGUUUGCUUUUCAUGUUUGCUCUGUACAUUGGCAAACGUAUUGUCACUGGUAUAUACUGGUUGUGUUUGAUAGGCCAUAUAGAUAUGAUAUUUGUAGCGCUAUUUUGUUCAAGGUUGUUCAGGCACUUGAAAUAUAUCAUAGUAAUUUGACUCAA